AUGGAGAGCAACAAUUCUCACGUUGACAACUCGACCGUCAAUGGGAAUUCAACCCCUGCUAAUGUGCCAAGAGAUGUAGGCACAACUGAAAGUAUUGUUGGUAAUGUCCUACCCCAAAUCGAGGAACAACGGGCAGCCUACCAAGAAUUUUAUCAUAGAUAUCUUGCUCUAUUUCCUACACUAAAUGUGAUUCCAGAAAGAGAUGGAGAUGAUGGGCAGGAAAUUUUGGAACUUCACACGCGUAUAACUGCUGGAUUAAGAUUAAUGGCUUUCCAUUUAAGCACUAAAAUCCAUACAUACCAAUUGCCCAAGUCAACAUGUCUUGACGGCAAGGAGCGUUGCUCCAUAUGCUUGGAUGACUAUUACGAUAAGGAAAAACUCACUGAAAUCAAUUGUGGUCAUUUAUACCACUUUGGUUGUAUUAGAGAGUGGAUCAAGCUCAAGAACUCUUGCCCUAUUUGCAAGAGAGAUGCAGGUGCAAGAAUCAAUUAA